GAGCCGGAGCAGCUGCGCCUGGCGGUACCGCACAGCUUUGACGAGCUGCGCAGCGUGCGCCACACGCUGGAGCUGUACCGCAGGAACUAUGCGGUACACGUCGCCGCCCUGCUCUGCACCACGCACCUCUUUCUGCAGUCCUUCAUGAUCCCGGGAUCCAUCCUGAUUAACGUUUUGGCCGGCAGCAUGUACUCGCUGCCAGCGGGUACCGCGUUUGCGGCGGCGGCAGACGGCGGCGGCGCCAGCAUCAACUACUGGCUGUCCCGCUGGCUGCUGCGGGAUGUGGUGGCGGGCCUGUUCCCGUCCCGGGUGCAGGCGUUUGCAACAGAGGUGAGGCGGCACCAGACGAACCUGCUGAACUACAACCUGUUCAUCCGCUCAGCACCCAUCUUCCCCAGCUGGGUGGUCAAUCUGGUGAGCCCCAUAGUGGGUGUGCCCUUCCCCAUCUUCCUCACCGCGCUGCUGGUGGGCCACCUGCCCAUCAACUUCAUCAGCGUCAAGGCG